AUGGCUCACCAGUUUCCUAAACGCAUUCUUCAAGAAGGUGCUGAGACGCAAAUGGAUAGGAUUAACAACACAUGUAGAAGGACGCUUCUGAAGGCGGUAAAGGUGGCUCUGAAAGAUGAGUAUGAGGAAGUUUUGAAAGACCCUGUCUUCGGGCCUCUUCUGGCGAUCAUAGAGAACAACCUCAUCUACUCAGGGAAGAUUAUUCACAGCUUCAUGUGCAAGCAGCUCAGGGUUUCCAAGCUUCACGAGCUGUGGUUUAUUUUUGCGAAGAGGCCUCUUAGGUUUUCUAUGCAAGAAUUUUAUGCUGUGACUGGAUUGAAGUACAAAGAGGAACCCGACGUAGACUUCAUUAACUGGAAGAAUGAUAAGGGGUUCUGGGCUAAUGCGCUGAAGACCAAUGCGAAGAUCAACUUAUAUACUAUAAGGGAUGAGCUCCUUAAGGUGUGUAACGAGUGGUCGUAUGUGGACAGAGUGAGGUUAGUGUAUCUGUCCAUUAUACAAUCAUUCCUCAUGGCUAAGGAUUGGAAAGUGUAUAUCCCUCAAGAAUACAUCCGCUUGGUGAUGGAUUUUGAGAAAUUGAGGAUGUAUCCUUGGGGUCUUCGCGCUUAUGAUGAGCUGAUUGCAUCAAUACUCAGAGCAAGAGAAGAUGUGCAUACGAAGAACAGCUACGUGUUGGAUGGAUUCUCAUAUGCGUUUCAGAUAUGGAUUAUGGAGGCAAUUCCAGACAUUGGUUCUAUGGGAGAGCUGUUCACAUUUAUAUCAUCUACUGGUGAUUUCGAUGUGAUUGCUGAUACUGAGUUCCUUAGGGAAGAUGAAAAGAAGGACGAAAGAGUUGGUCGUAUUGUUGAAUUGAUCAAUGCGAAACAAGACUGGACGCAUUUCGAUUGGGAAGUUGAGUCUUUGCCUGCACAUAUGGACCUUUCUGAUUCAGAACAAGAUGAACCGGCUGAUGUUGCAGAAGAACCGUCAGCUGUUGCAGAGGAACCGACUGUAGUUGCAGGGGAACCGGCUGUUACUGCGAAAAGAGGCAAGCGCAAGCUAAUUGAUCCUGGUGCCGAGUCUCGAAAGAAACAACUGCUUUGUCAACGUGCGGCUGAACACAACAGUGGUGUCUCUAGUGAAAUGAAGACCUUCAUUGAAGGUUUGUUCACCGCUUCUUUCAACUCUUUUAAGGAAGUGGUGCAGAAGGACAUACAUGAGCGUUUUGACAACGUUGCCAAUGAGGUGGCUCAACUCAAGGAACAAGUCUCUCAGCUUAAGGGUCUAUCGGAAACAGUGGGAAAAGGCAACACAUCUGAGAUUCUCUCUCCUUCAGCAACAAUUGGAAAAGACCAAGGACCAUCAUCUCAUAGUACGGGUCCUCCCGCAGCAAAGGGAAAAGGCAAGGCAUCUGCAAAUGUGGAUCCUCCUCCGGUUCGUCGUAGCCCUCGGCCAGUAAGAGAGGAUGUUCAAACUGAUGAAAAUGAAAUGAUGGAUUUUUUGAAGAAUUUGACCAAAUCAGCGAGAUGUGUAGAUAAGGGGACCCAAGACUCUUUACAAGAAGCCAUGGGAAACCUUUCUCAAGCAUCUCAUGUUAAAGGUUUUGAUCCUUCACAACAUCUGGAUGGUGAUGAACCAGCUGAAUUUGCCACUCCACUGUCUUCGUUUAAGCCUGCGGAUUGGAGACCACCUACUCUGAAAGACGUGGACUCACUUGAGGACCGGAUACAUGAUCCCGAUUACUCACUAGUAGAACUAAAAAUUGGACCAUCUAUGCUCACAAAUGAGUUAGUAUCUCGUGUCGUCGGACCUUCAGAGUGGCUCCUGAAUAAGGAAAUUGAUGGUAUGAUGUGGUUAUUCACUGAGAGGACUUCCUUGCGGCGAUGGUUUCCAAAUAAAGUAGCCUUCAUGACAUGCUUGUUCAGUAAUCAAAUUACGAACUCUUACAACGAGUAUAAGAAGGACAAGAAGAAAUUCAAAGUGGGCGGACUGCUACAACAGUACGGCAUUGGCGAACUUCCAGCACACGGACGAACAAGACUAAUGUGGGAUCUUGAUGUUAACCGCAUGUAUGUCCCCCUAAAUGUUGGUAAGCACUGGAUCUCUAUGUGCGUCAACUUUGUUACUCGGUCGAUAGAGGUCUUUGACUGUGAGGGACUGAGACACCCCGGUGCAGUAGAGCCAUUUGCAGUUCUCAUCCCUAGAAUUGUCAAAGCCAUUCAGUCUUCUAAGAAUCGACAGUAUCAAGUCAAGCAGUAUACCGUCUCCUACGUCUCAAUGCCCUUCUUAUUGAACAAAAGUAGCAGUGACUGUGGAGUAUAUGCCUUGAAGCACAUUGAAUGCCAUCUUCUAGGCUUGGACUUUUCCCUGGUGAAUGACAACAACAUUCGUGAAGCGCGGCAGAAGAUUGCUUAUGACCUAUGGGAAGCUGCUAUUGAUCCUGUCCUUAUUGAAAGGAUGGCAAAAUUUUCUCCCCCGAAGACAAUUUCAAGUGCUCUAGUGGAACUUGAAUAA